CUUCCUGUCGGCUCCGUUGACGAUUUCAACUCCGGGCAUAUAAAUCCCCGCAUUCUCCAUCUCCCGACUUGUUUGGUUUUAUUCUUCCAGACUAUCGAUUUCUUCCUUCAUCUCAUACUCUCCCCACAUAUUCCACCAUGGGUAAAGACGACGAACCUAGAACCUACCGGUACAACGAGAAGCCGACUUAUACCACCUCCAAUGGCUGUCCGGUCUUCGACCCUCAGGCCUCGCAGCGCGUUGGCCGUAACGGCCCGCUGUUGCUUCAAGACUUCCACUUGAUUGACCUUCUGGCACACUUUGACCGGGAGAGAAUCCCCGAGCGUGUCGUUCACGCCAAGGGUGCUGGCGCCUACGGAGAGUUCGAGGUCACCGAUGACAUCAGCGACAUCACUACCAUCGACAUGCUUAAGACCGUUGGCAAGAAGACCAAGUGCUUCACCCGUUUCUCAACCGUCGGUGGCGAGAAGGGUUCUGCCGACAGUGCUCGUGAUCCCCGUGGCUUCGCCAUCAAGUUCUACACCGAGGAGGGUAACUGGGACUGGGUGUUCAACAACACCCCCGUUUUCUUCCUUCGUGACCCCGCCAAGUUCCCCAUCUUCAUCCACACCCAGAAGCGUAACCCCCAGACCAACUUGAAGGAUGCCACCAUGUUCUGGGACUACCUCUCCACUCACCACGAGGCCGUUCACCAGGUCAUGCAUCUCUUCAGUGAUCGUGGUACCCCCUACUCGUUCCGCCAUAUGAACGGCUAUUCUGGCCACACCUAUAAGUGGAUCAAGCCGGACGGCACUUUCAACUACGUUCAGAUCCACCUGAAGACCGACCAGGGCAACAAGACCAUGAACAAUGAGGAGGCCGGCCGUUUGGCCUCCGAGAACCCCGAUUGGCACACCCAGGACCUGUUCAACGCCAUCGAGCGCGGCGAGAACCCCUCGUGGACCGUCUACGUCCAGACUUUGAGCCCUGAGCAGGCGGAGAAGUUCCGUUGGAACGUCUUCGACUUGACCAAGGUCUGGCCCCAGGGCGAGGUGCCCCUGCGUCGCUUUGGCAAGUUCACCCUCAACAAGAACCCCCAGAACUACUUCGCCGAGGUCGAGCAGGCGGCCUUCUCUCCCUCGCACAUGGUCCCCGGUGUCGAGCCCUCCGCCGACCCCGUGCUGCAGUCCCGUCUCUUCUCAUACCCCGACACCCACCGCCACCGUCUCGGCGGCAACUACGAACAGAUCCCCGUCAACUGCCCCAUGCGUGCCUUCGCCCCCUGGCAGCGUGACGGCUACAUGAACGUGCACGGCAACUACGGCGCCAACCCCAACUACCCAUCCACCUUCCGCCCCUACGAGUACAAGCCCGUCAAGGCCAGCCAGGAGCACGAGAAGUGGUCCGGCUCCGUCGUCACCGAGCAGCUCCCCGUCACAUCCGAGGACUACGUCCAGGCCAACGGGCUCUGGCAGGUCCUGGGCCGCCAGCCCGGCCAGCAGAACGCCCUCGUCCACAACGUCUCCGUCCACCUGUGCAACGCUCACGAGCGCGUCCGCAAGGCCACCUACGAGAUGUUCUCCCGGGUAAACAAGGACCUUGGUGCCCGCAUCGAGAAGGCUACCGAGAAGAACGCCACCCAGUCUGCUCGUCUGUAA